CCAGAAGCCUAUAAAACUUUUAUUCAGGAUCUCUUAAAAGACUAAUUCUGAUUUCUCCUUAGACACAGAUAAUGAAAUAAGGUCUUGCACUGAAACUACAAAGAGCACUAUCAGUAAUACCACUGAAGAUGCCAUAGGUGCUGCCCUUGGCAGAGAUAUCUGGAAUCAAAAUCCUACUAUGGAGAGAAGAGAAAGUUUAGCCAAGUCAGAGGAGCCAGUCGUUGGUAUUGCGCUUGAGCCACCAAUUUACUAUUAUGAAUCUAAUUUCAAACGCUAUUUCUUAAUGCCGCUGCUGACCUUGUUGACUGCAGGCCUGAUUCAUUUUGUCACUCAAAACAGCCUGAGGAUAAGAAUCUUUGUGUGGUACAAAUAAAGUUAGCUCAAUAGACGAUGCAUCUCACGUCCUCGCUAGAGGAAAAGCCAAAGGAUCUCACAAUCCUCCUUUGCCAGAAAUAGUUGAAAUAAAGACAAUUGAGUUAAAUAAGAAUACAAUCGGAGUCCCAGAUACAGAGAAAGAGAAUGAAGGAAGAUUAUGAAAAAUAUAUACAUUCACCUAUAAAUACACUACCUAUGUCUAUGACACCAUCACCGAAGAUUUUGAACAAUUGAAGUAUGACUUUAGACUCAAGUUCAAAACUAUGCGGGAAAAGGAGAGAGGCAUUAAGGAUUCAGAACAGAAAAGUUUGUAUCAACUAUAUGGUCCUUGAGUGAUGCAGAUUAACGUGAAGCCAAUAAUCAAGAUUCUUGUGCAAGAUAUUUUGAGGUUUUUCUAUAUAUUCCAGAUUUUUGGCAUGAUAGAUUGGACGAUCUCAGGCUCCUGGCUUCUAGCUACUGGUAUCUUCUUCAUGCUCUUUGUGUCUAUCUAUGGAGAGCUCUCUACAGUCAGGUCUAAUCUUAUAAUGCUUAGUAAGAUGGCUUUCUUCGAGACCAGAAUAAAUGUAUGGAGAAGGAAUGACAACGGGGAAGCAAGAUGGCUCGAAAUAAGCAGUCUUGAUCUUGUCCCAGGAGACAUCAUUGAGCUUACCCAAGGAACCAAACUUCCUUGUGAUGCCAUUAUGCUUAAUGGAGUCAGUGUUAUCAAUGAAGCUAUGCUUACUGGAGAGAGUGCUCCUGUAGUCAAAGAGCCAUUGCCUAAUAGUGAAGAAAGAGUUGGAAAAUUUAGUAUCGAAAAUCCAGAACAAGUCAAGUACUUUUUGUUUUCAGGAACAGAAGUAGUUCAGAACAGAACGCUUGGAGAUGAAAAGACCACUGCUAUAGUCAUUAAGACUGGAUUCAUGUGUGAAAAAGGAGAAAUGAUUAAAUCGAUUUUGUAUCCAAAGAAAGAGAGGUUCAACUUUGCUUAUGAAUCUAUGAUUUAUCUCAUAUCUUCAGCUAUAGUUUGCAUUAUAGGCUUCACUUCUAUUCUUUUUGUAUAUAUCAAGUACUAUGAGCCUUUUGACAUCCCAGUUAGGUAUUUCGCUGGGAUCACUCUUUCAAUCCCACCAGAGUUCCCUAUUGUAAUGACAAUGGGAAUCGUUUUCUCUCUUGCUAAGCUAAAGGAUAAAUCUAUCUAUUGCAUAAACCCUGAUAAAAUCAGGUCUGCUGGAAGAGUAAGCAUCAUGGUCUUUGACAAGACAGGAACACUUACGGAGAGUCACCUUUCCUGUGGUGCUUAUAAAAUAGAUAUUGGAGAAGAUAAAUUAAAAGGAAUUUCUUCAAGCAAUAAACCUGUAGAAAAUACUCAAAUAUGGACUGAUAAACAAGAGUAUUUAAAAGAAUGAGAUUCAAAAUUAGUCAAAUAUGAGGAGUGUCUAGCCUCCUGACAUUCCCUAUCACUCUUUGAAGGUAAUUUUCUUGGAGAUAACUUGGAUAUUGAAAUGUUUGUGACUACACAAUGGGGUUUUGAUGAUAAUCCCGCUUCACAAAUUGAGGAAGGAUCAGUUUCUAUUAUGCAUCCACCUUGUGUAAAGUUAGCUCGAAGCAUCGACCAAAAUGCUUGAGAUAAUUUCUACUCAAUCUCACUGAUGCAUAAAUUUGAUUUUUCGUCAAAGCUCCAAAGAAUGUCAACCAUUGCCAAGCCUUCUUACAGUGACACUUGAAUCCUUUUCACUAAAGGAUCACCAGAGAUGAUUGGAAAACUUUGCAUGCCUGAAACACUCCCUUCAAACUAUGAAGAUGAGUACAACUACCACACAAGACAAGGCCAUAGAGUGCUUGCUAUGGGUUACAAGUAUUUCCCAAAUUUCGAUAAGAACAAUGUUGAGGAACUGAAUAGAGAGCAAUGAGAAAAAGACCUGAUCUUCCUUGGUCUCCUAGUCAUGGUAAAUGAACUAAAGUUAGCUACCAAAAAGUCUAUUAUAGAUCUGAAGAAUGGCGGUGUGAUCCCAAUCAUGGCUACAGGAGACAACAUCCUGACUGGAGUUAACAAAUCAGCAGAGUGAGGAAUUCUUGAGUCUGAGGAGGUUAUCGUAGCCUCUCUUGAUAAGAAAAAGAUAUCAUGGAUCAAAAAGGAAAAUAUCUUUAACAAGCAAGAAGAAACCAAUGAAGAGGUGGAAGAAGAUCUUGUAUAUUAUAGUGAUGGGGAAAAGAUCCCUUUGAUCACAGAAGAAUAUUCUGAAAGAAACAUGCUCCCUUACUUGAUGAAUGAGAAAAAUACUCCUCUUCAAGUUGCUAUGGAAGGCCCUUGCUUCGAUUACAUCAUUCGUAAAGCAGAAAAAGGCGAGAGUAUUGAUGGGUAUUUGGCCCAAGAUGUCCUUAUUGAAGUUCUUCGGAGAGGAAAAGUAUUUGCCAGAAUGUCACCAUUUCAUAAAGCCCUUCUUGUCGAAGAACUCCAAAAGCAGACUGGAGAGAUAAUUGGAAUGUGUGGAGAUGGAGCAAACGAUUGUGCAGCUCUUAAAAGUGCAGAUGUUGGAUUGUCUCUUUCAGAAGCUGAAGCCUCUAUUGUCGCUCCAUUUACUUCAAAAAUUCAAGAUAUUUCUUCUUGAGUAAACUUAUUAAUUCUUGGAAGAGCUUCUCUUGAUUUGAGUUAUGAAUUAUUCAAGUAUAUGAUUGUCUACUCAUACAUCCAAUUCACUUCAGUAAUGAUCAUGAACACAAUGACUGCAACAUAUGAUGACACUCAAUUCCUGUUCUUCGAUCUAGGAGGUGUAGUGCCAAUCACUAUGCUUCUAAGUUGGACAAAGCAAAAAGACUACCUUAUCAACAAGCGCCCAGUGGGCUCUCUCUUCAGUUGGUCGAUCUUCUUCAGCAUAUAUGGACAGAUCCUGAUCCUAUUCAGCUUCAAUCUUGGCACUUGGUUCAACUUAAAAGCCCAGAACUUCUACACACCUGCAGUCAAACAUCAUAACAUGACCACAGACGGUGACGAAUCUACCGUAAUGAUGCUGAUCACCAUCCCUCAGUACGUUUUUAUGGGGAUUGCCUUCCACAUCUCCACUCAGUUCAGAGCUCCCAUCUACACAAAUAUUCCCUUAAUGAUCCUUCUAACCUGCCAAUUCGCCUUGAUAGGGUGGGUGACCCUCGGCCCAUUGCCAUUCAUGGAAGAUGCACUCCAUCUGACCAAGCUGAGGUUCUACUUUAAAUACAUAAUCAUCUUCACUGCCUUGGCCAAUGGAUUCUUGACAAUUUUAUAUGAGCAAGUGAUACAAAGGACUAUAGGAAAAAUGGAAAUGGAGAAACCUAUUACUUAUGGAAUCUCCUCUAGUAAUAUCCAAGAAUCAGAUUCACAAAGACACAGUUUUAAGUCAAAAUCUGAAUAACUUCAUCUUAAUAAUUCUUAGGUAUUCAGAGUGUUCAACGAUA